CAGCCCCCAUCGCCGUUGGUUGUCAUCGAAGGGAGGAAACUGGGGUUCAACGUUAAUCUCUUCAGACGGGUCUUUUGCCUCAUCUUGCUUCUCCUUUCUCUACUUCCUCCGCCACAAGGGGGCUCGAUGCCUUCCAAGCUUUGUGGCGCAAGUUCAUCCGCUCUUACGGUUUCAAUGCAGACCGAAGCCUGGGGACUAUCACGAAGCAAUCAAUCGGGGAAUGAUCCUGUUCCAAAUGGAAUGGUGACCCGAAGAGAGACGGCUUCGCAAACCACUAACCGCGAAGCGGCACGCAGACAGCAGCCAAUACCGAGUAACUUGCCUGUUUUACUACCAUUCUUUGUUUCUCGGUCCUUCUCUCCCUCCGAUAUAAACCACUUCGGUGCCAUAUGUCGGUACCCGGAUCUAUCUACAGAUCCAAUUUCAGGGCUCUACAAGAGAAAGAAGAAAAAAACUUAAUCUUACGUAUCACGAUACCAUGGCACUCCACCUCAGCUAACCCGAAACCCGCAAACCAUCUCCACAACCCCCAGCCCCCAUUACAUUCGAGUAAUAGAACCCGUCCGCCGCCCCACUUCCUACUGUCCAAUUCAUACACAUUGAUCCUCGAUCCAAGUCAUGCCGCUGCACCACAGGAUACUUGCAUGCGCAGUGAAUAGACACCGCAUAGAGCGGGAAGCGCCGUGGUUGUCACGUCGCUGAGAUGUGAUGAGAUUAUCACCCGUGUACCCGACACCCGCCCUUCGUAUCGGCCCGCAGGUUUGCUUUGAUUGCGGGUUCGGAUUCUGAUUCAGUGGUGGGCUGGUAGGGUGUAUGACUCUGUUGUCGAGAAAUGAAGCGGGCGGGGGUCAAAAUCAGUCCUGGGGUUGGAUGUUGUUUUGGUACUUGUUGUCGCUGAUCAAGUAUCCGCGAAUAAUACGCGCAGCUCUUGAUUUGUUGCUGUUGUCUUCUUUUGAUUGUGUAGGCCUGAAUCCCGAGAACUCUACCAUCUUGCUA